GUUUACACAAAUCGCUUUUAUCUUUUUUUAUGCGAUGCAUAAUGUAUUUGAAAAAUAAUUGAAUAAUAGACGAAGGUCCGUGUUUUUAAUCGCGUAUUGUAUUUUGUGUAUCAGCUUUCGUCUGUAUUUAUAAAAGAGAAAGAGAAAGCACGAUGAAUUAAAAUUUCUCAAGGAUUUGACUUUUCACGCGGCCGGAUGAUGGAAAGAAUUAAACGGAGAUUAAGGGCAUUGGAAGGGGGCAAAGGGAAGAUAGCGCGGACUCAGGCCCACUUAAACGGACGUUACACCUUGCGCUGGAGGACAUGCACUUGCGUUUUGAGGUUGCACUCUUUCGCACGUUCAUUAGGGUCGUCAGUUUACCUGGCGGCGAAGCAACACACACAAGCGCGCGCGCGCUACAUACACACACUGGCCCACUCGUUACGUCUUGGCCCCAUCCGAAAUAGUUUCAGGAUAUUCACGACAAACGUUGGGUCUCUUCCUCUCUCCCUUCCUUUUCGACAGCCAACCCUUUUUAGCGAGAUCCACUUCUUUUUGAAUUUUAAAUUGAUAUCUUGUUUCCCAGUCGUUUUCCACCCGUACGAUUACGUCCCGUUAUUUGCGCUUUCUUGUUGAACUUGUUGUGACGCAAAUUUAUUAGUUACGAUUUACCUUGUUAGUUAAGCGUUUAUAUUUCAUUCACGGGGAAAGUUCGAAACAACAAAUAAUGCAAUAUAAAAUGAAUAGCGCGUAUGAGAGAAAAUAAGGUGGGUUUUGCCCGGGUAAUUUUAUACAUAAAUUAAGCAUCGCACGAUAUAGAACAACGACGAUGUCACGUUAAACACGACUUGUUGGAAUAAAUGAAAAUUCAAAGAGCGUUAUAAGAAUUGCCAGGCUAAUCGUCGCAAAUAUAUCCCGUGUAUUUACAUAUUCGGGUCAAGUUGGUUAUCAGCUGUCUAGGCGGUAUAAUAUACAUUCAGAAUAUCGCUACGAAUCAGAAAGGAAACGACGAUAGGAUACGAAUCUCGUUCAUUUUUCCACCCUGUCUGAAUUAAUGCAAUAACAAACGUAUAAUAAAUCAUACAAGAACUGGAAAUGCAUGGAUCAAACGAUGCGAGUAUAUUUUCUUUCGAUAAGAAAAAUCUGGAAGAAAAACUAGGAAUUUAGGAGAUAAAAACUUUGGUGUGAAACGGAAGAUUAGGAGUUGAGUAUGGCAAUAACAAGGUAUAACAGAAUAAAAAAGGAGGGUUUAAAAACAGCAGGGAAGGUGGAAAGAGGGAACUUUAGCAGAAAUUGAGAAAAGCAACGACAAACGGGAAAUGGGAGAUAUCAGGAAGAGAGCAAGAGGUUGAUAACGUGGAAUUCUGGACUCUUAAGGAGAACCGGAAGAGACGAAAGCACGAGGAUGAGCAUGAACGAGCAAGAGCUUGGAACAAGAAACGAUGGUUGUGGAAAAUAAAAUGUUAUUUAAGAAGAGAAGGGGUUAACGUGCAAUUAGUUGGGGCGCGAAGAUUUUAUGCACGUGGUGCAUUGGAGAAAAAUGGAGUGGAUUUAAAUGUAUAAAUAUAGACACGUAGCAUAGUACGAUUAUAUUAUGGUUUAAAUACACCGAUCAUAUACGUCGACCAUCACAAAAAUAAAGAAAUCCGAGAGAAAGAACUUGGACAAAACUUGAACGUGAUAGAAGACGAAUAAAAAAAAAAGACGAUAGGAAUAAUAAAGUUUUCGAAUUGGAGACAAAUUAAAAUCGAGGAAUGAUUAAAUCGAUAUAUAAAUCGCGCGAAUGAGUAUAGAGCCCCGGUGUAGCCCCAUAAACCUACAUUUAAAUUCAAUAGCAGGGGAGAAACGACAUAUAUUCCAGCGAGUGACGAGCACGCGAGGAGAGGCGAAGAAACGGAAACGGCGAUGGAAUCAAACGAAUGAACGGAUAACGAAGAGUUUGAGGAAAAAGAGAGGGGAUGGGAAAGACAGGUAAAGGGGAAAAUCGAGCGAAAGCGGGACCGAUAGACGAGGAAGGUGUGCUUGCAUCGAGGAAUGGAUGAAGCGAGACGGAGGAUGGGAAACGUUGAGGUAGAGCGGGAGGAGGGGGGUUGAAGAUGGCGUAAAGGUAGGGUGGAGGGAGGAAUGACGUCAUAGUUGAGGUUGCCCGGGCAACGGGGAAGCGGUUCGCGUCGGGACACCGUCGUGCGUCGCCACCGCCGCCGCGACGUAAAAAUCAAUUUGGACCUUGGCUAGGUGACCGUUCGCUCGGCGCUGCGUCGCGGCUGCUCCGGUGGCUCGAGGCUCGAGGCUCGAGAGCACCACGCUUCCCUUCCGGAGCUGCCGGUUACCUCGCCACCGAGCGAGCGAGGGAACGAACGAACGAACGAACGAGUGAGCGAGCUAGCUAGUUAGCUAGAUAGAUAGCUAGGCGACCGACCGACCAGUCGACCGACCGACCAACCGACCGACCGACCGACCGACCGACCGACCGCCUGACCGAUACCGCACCGCGAGCAGCAGCUCAGUCGCGAGUCGUCAACCGAGCGGGUACGCCAGACGGUAGAGAACGCGUCUGCCAGGCGAGCGUGUCCGCUGACGCGCAUCCUUCCAUUCGUCGCACGCGGCCGAUCAGCCGCACACACGACACACGCACACGCACACAUACACGUAUACAUAACACGCAUACACACACACAUAUUCUCUCUCUCCCUCUCUUUUCGAUACUUUUCGAUACGUUUUCCUACGCAACGAGGACAAUGAUCCACGAGGAGGAGGAGGAGGUUUCGUGCCACGCUGACGAGCAUCGGUGAAGUCGUCGGUUGCCAACGUUUUUUUCUCUUUUUCUCCGCUCGGAUCGUGCGAAAACGUGGUGGGCCGAUCGAGUUUUUGUGCGCAGAAGGACGCGAGAUGAAACGACGCGAGAGGACGACGCGUACCAUAACAAGGGAGUUGGAGAAACUCUGCUGCGUGGAACGCUUGUAAACACACGGAGGAGAGAGAGAGAGAAGGUUCUCGGGGCCGGAUUGUUCCGGUCGAACGAGGAGGAGGUCGCGGGAGCGCCGGCUUCCUGAUCUUCCUCCCUUCAUUCGUAAAUUGUUCCCCAGAGGUGAGGUCGAUCGGAGUGUAUCGCGGAGAGGAGGCGAAGAGGGAAAAAAGCGGAUCAAAGAUUCGGGGAGAAGCGAGCGGCUUGCGAAUUUUCUGAAGGAUUAGUGGGCUGUUGGACGAGUCGAGGAGAGGGACAGCUCGCCCGAGCUUUCCCGGUUUUUUUGGAUGGUGAUCGAGUCGAGUCAUGGGACAUGAGGUUCGUGAAAAGAUGGACGGAUUGAUCCGUCCGGUGGCGAACGGCGAGUAAAAUGACGGCUGGUCGAAUGUACGAACGUUAAAUCGAAAGGCUGUGCUCUCUGUACGGAGUUGUGGUGUCACGAGGAAGGAGUCCACGGUGUGACGCAUGCGACGUGCCGUCUAUCGCGAGAGCUGUGCGUCGUGGAAAACAUCUGCGCGACCGGUGAAGCUUUUAACUCGUGUGCCUCCCCGCUCCCUGACGUGUUACGUCGACGAACGGAAUCAGCGUGGUCCUUGCGUGCUGUGUGAUCCGCGACAGGCCUCGAGCGAGUAAAAAAAGCUUGCGCGUGCCAAGAACGAUACAGGCUGAAUCAGCAGCACGGCCACUCACUGCUCGUUGAACGUUUCGCGGACGAUGCUCGCGAGCCACGUCGAAGAGGAAACCGCGAAAACAUAUUUCGACCUCUCGUUCCCUGGACGUCGAAGCGUCCUCGUGUCGAACGUUCAUCGUUGAAAAAAAAUUUCUCCUCUUAAUCCUCUUAAUCUUGAAACCGCUACGAAAGCGAAACUCUCGUUCUUGGCGAGAAGAGAGAAACCGGAGGAAAGACGAAAGUAGCAGCAGCAGCAGCACCACCACCAGCUUCGUUCUCAAGAAAAAAGAAGAAAACAACGAUGAAUCGACGGUGAUUGAUCAACGAAGACUAGGAUACGACAAGGGCGAUUCAUCUUAGAAAAUUGGAUGGAUCACGCGCUUCUCGCGACAGAAGGUGUCGCGAAAAAAUAACCGUGAAUAAAUCGGAAUAUCAUCGAGAUUCGUCGACUCGCCGUGUGGUUCGAAACCAUGAAAAUGUUGCCGAGUACGUGGCCGUGUCUCGACACCCGGUAUUACGAGUGAAUGGAAGCGGAAAGGAUCGGUCUUUUUCCAUUAUAUUCCGCGUUCCUCGACGAUGUAGCAGGAUCGUAUCUCGACGUAUUCUCGAGGAUACUUUGGCGUAGUAGCCCGGAUACUUUCCGUAGUUGUUCGACCCGACACGAGCUGCGAGACUGGAUAGAAGAAGAAAGAAGAGGGGACCAAGAACAGGUGGAAGAUCUCGAAUCUCUCUUGAUCGUGGGAGGGAAGGUGGAAGAGAGACGAUACUACGAAAAACGGUAUCGAUGAUGGUGAAGGGCAAGUUGCCAGGAGGCGAUUGGUGCUCGCGACCCUGCGUUGCUGCUAGCAGGGGCUGUUGCUGUUGCUAAUAUCGCGAGUCAAGUAAAUGCAAUAAGUAAACAAUAAACAAAAGCGAAGGAAUGCCGUGGUUGAACGAUGACGGAGUUGGUGGCCGUGCACGAUCUUAGGAUCGCGGUGUCAUUGCCGACGACGUGGUGGUCGUCGUCGGCGUCGUGCUCGUCGUGGUCGACGCGUAGCUGGUGGGAACGCUGCCGGCGUUGCACGACCAGCUAAUAGAGACGGACAGAUCGUUCGAAUGGCGACAGGUCUCGGGCAAGAGCGGAGAGCGCUUCGAGAUUGUCGAGGACAUUUAUAACGAUCGAACGAUCCGUGGAACGAAAUCAGCACCGUCGAAAUCUGUUCCGCUCGGGAACGAGCCGGCACACUUUUUUCCUCCGGGGGAUUCCUCCAGGAGUUCGCUCGAGUUUUAGCCGGAUUACUCGCGAUUCAGAGGCGUCGAGCUAAACGCGGAGCUCGCGUGGGAGACGCCGGAGAGCAGGAUCAAGAACAAAAGAAGAGGAGGGAGACGCGUGAAUGCGAUCGAGGUGUGUGCAAAGCGCAAAGGCGAAACCACCGAAAGGAGGAUCACGACGUCGAUACGAGAGUGAUCGGAGAACGUGACCUCGUAUGUUGGUCGAGGAGGGUAGGGAAAGGGAAAGCGUCGCGCGAACGCGACAAAAUUAAUUAGAGAUUAAUCGUUGGAUCGGAACGAGGAUGAUAGGUGAACUGGGAGGCUGAAGAAGGAAAGACAUUGAGGGAGGAUACGGGGAGGAGAAGUAGUAAUCGAAGUGAAGUAAUAAUAAUAAUAAUAAUAUUAAUAAUAUUAAUAAUAAUAAUAACAACAACAAUAAUAAUAACAGUAAUAAUAAUAAAUAACAGUAAUAAUAAUAACAAUAAUAAUAAUAAAAGAGAAGAGAGGAGGGGCGAAAGGAGAGAGGAAAGGUGGAAAAACUUAGGAAAGGAAGAAAGCUAUUCCACCUUCGAGCAUGGCCUCGGUGGCAGCAUGGCUGCCGUUCGCUCGUGCGGCGGCGAUUGGUUGGGUGCCGAUCGCUACACAUCCACUGCCACCGCCGCCGAUCCCCAAGGAUCGUCGCAAGGCCGACGACGAGAAAUUAUUGAUAAACGUGAGCGGCCGUCGCUUCGAGACAUGGCGGAACACCCUCGAGAAGUAUCCGGACACUCUUCUCGGUUCGAACGAGCGCGAGUUCUUUUACGACGAGGAGAGCAAAGAGUACUUCUUCGACCGUGAUCCAGACAUAUUCCGCCACAUAUUGAACUAUUAUAGAACCGGCAAGCUUCAUUAUCCGAAGCACGAAUGCCUGACGAGCUACGACGAGGAGUUGGCGUUCUUUGGUAUACUGCCGGACGUGAUAGGCGAUUGCUGUUACGAGGAUUAUCGGGACCGGAAACGCGAGAACGCGGAGCGUUUGAUGGACGACAAGCUGAGCGAGAACGGGGAUCAAACCCUUCAGCAGUUGCCGGACAUCAGGCAAAAGAUGUGGAGGGCAUUCCAGAAUCCACACAUCUCGACGGCGGCUUUGGUAUUUUAUUAUGUAACAGGAUUCUUCAUCGCCGUGAGCGUGCUGGCGAACGUGGUCGAGACCGUGCCGUGCGGUAAUCGUCCGGGACGCGCCGGUACGCUUUCAUGCGGCGAGCGUUACAAGAUCGUGUUCUUCUGCCUGGACACCGCGUGCGUCAUGAUAUUCACCGCGGAAUAUCUGUUGAGGCUGUUCGCGGCCCCGAGCCGGUGUAAGUUCGCGCGAUCCGUCAUGUCCAUCAUAGACGUGGUCGCAAUCCUCCCGUACUACAUCGGCCUCGGUAUCACCGACAACGACGACGUAUCCGGUGCUUUCGUUACGUUGCGCGUCUUCCGUGUGUUCCGGAUCUUCAAGUUCUCGAGGCACUCGCAGGGGCUCAGGAUCCUCGGUUACACGUUGAAAUCGUGCGCCUCGGAGCUCGGCUUCCUCGUCUUCUCCCUCGCCAUGGCGAUCAUCAUAUUCGCAACCGUCAUGUUCUACGCGGAGAAGAACGUCGAUGGAACGAACUUCACCUCGAUACCUGCCGCGUUCUGGUACACGAUCGUCACGAUGACCACAUUAGGGUACGGUGACAUGGUUCCGAAAACGAUCGCGGGAAAAAUCGUGGGGGGUGUAUGCUCUCUCAGCGGUGUCCUUGUGAUCGCUUUACCGGUGCCUGUUAUCGUCAGUAAUUUCAGCCGAAUAUAUCACCAGAAUCAGCGGGCUGAUAAGCGAAAGGCGCAGAGGAAAGCAAGAUUGGCACGGAUCAGGAUCGCGAAAGCGUCGAGCGGGGCGGCCUUCGUGAGCAAAAAGAAGGCGGCCGAGGCACGUUUGGCCGCGCAGGAGAGCGGCCUUCAGCUGGACGACAAUUACAAGGAGGAGGAUAUCUUCGAGCUGCAGCAUCAUCAUCUACUUCGUUGUUUGGAGAAGACCACGGAUCGCGAGUUCGUGGAGAUGGAGGUGCCCUACAACGGUGCCCCGAAGAGGCCGGGCUCGCCCUCGCCCCUCACCUCUCCCGCGCACAGCACUGCCUCGAGGGGCGGCCUGCUGCACGCCUGCUGCGGCCGCUGCUACCCCCAACGUUACCAGUAGGAAAAGAGAGAGACGGAUCGAUGGCGCCCCGAGUGGCAAGCGCCACGAUCUACGAUGAAAGAGAGAGAGAGAUAGAGAGAGAAAGAGAGGGAAAGGGAGAGAAAUUCCACGGAACUCGGAGGGAGAUUAGAUAGAAAAGAGAAAUUAAAAAAAAAAAAAAGAAAAAAGAAAGAAAUAUCGUUGGACGAAGCGAGGAGGAAUAUUAAAAGGAUCGACGACGAUCCACGACGUCCUCGACGAGGGGGACGGAAGCCGCUCGUUCUCGAAGAGGAUGGAUUCCGCGCGGCUCGAAGGUGGAUGGAAGACGUGAACCGGAAGAAGAGGAAGCUCCAGCCUCCAUCGAACCCGGAAUUCUUCGCAUUUUCGAGGACGAAGAUUCGCGAAUGCACGCACACGCGUCUGCACACCUUCCUCUUUCACUUCUUUCCACUCUCGAUGGAUCGACGAAUUUUAAACCCCGCCUUUUAGAAAGACGCGCGCCAGCUGAAGCUGCUUCUUUCUGCUCGAAGAAUACGAUCGAAAAGGAAAAGAAGGCGAAACGAAGGUGAAGAAGAAGAAGAAGAAGAGGAGGAGGAGGAGAAUAAAAAUCGAAUCGGUGGAUAAAAUCGGCGGAAACUCGAUUCGUCGAUGCGUGAUCGAUUUUUAUCUCCGCGCGGAAUGCUUUUUCAAUCCCCGGCGGCGGAAAAUGACGCGAUGAUUUCCGGCGCAACUGGCGCGCGUUUCCACGGCCCUCGUCAUUUCCGGGAGCCGGCGCGUCGAUCAACCCGCCCGGAAAACGAGCGUAGUCGCGACUAAUAUAUAUAUAUAUAUAUAAUCGAUCGAUCGAGUUUCGACGCACCAUUCCCCUCCAACCUUUUGGCCCUUUCUUGCUACGUUUCCAAGAGGAGCGCAGUUCUCGAUCAUUGCCUCUUAACGGCGAAGGGCGAGCGGAAUGGAGGGGAACGAAUAUCGUAUUUUCACGAAGAAAUACGUACGUAUGUGGUAUAUGGUCACUCUUUCUAGACGAGACUCGCGUCCCUGAUCCUAGUUCGUAAGGAUAUUCGAUUUUUAAAGAAAAAGAAAAAAAAAAAAAAAAAAAAAAAGAAAAGAAGCGCGAGAAAUUCGAUCGAUCCACGAAACGACGCAGUUUCUUGUAUUAUACGAGUCUCUUAAACUCGUUAGGUUUAAUUUAGCGGACGAUACGCUCAAGUGUACACGAGUACAUGGCAUAAAGGGUUGAUUGAUUCGAUAGUGAGGAGAAGAGGGGAAAAUAAAAGGAUUAUCGUGGCCUUUGCGAUCGUAAAAAUAAUCGUGGAAACGAUGAGAAGGGAGGAAUAUGUUUCGAAGUAUCCUCGAUAGAAGUCGAUUGGUCGGACGGUUUGUCCGAUGGAGGAUAAAAUAAUGAUCGGCGAGGAAGGAGAGGAACGUAGUCAGAGGCCGCGUACUCUUGAUACUCUUAAAAUAAAGUAAGAUGAUGCCCUCGUUCUUUCAAAAAAAAAAAAAAACUUUCUCGAUGAGUCCAUUUUUCGUUCUUCUUUUUUUUUCCUCCCCUAGCCCUAGUAACCCUUUGUCGAUCGAAUAGCCAAUCCGAAUUUCCAACGGAUCGAUCGUGGCCUUCUUUUCUCCUAUUCGCUUCGCCGAGAAUUGGAGAUGGAUAUCGGGUGCGAAAGAGCCAUUUCUUUUUUUUAAAUUCUAUUGGAGCUUCGGUUUGAUUGAAAGGAAGGAGGAAACUCGAGGGGAGGGGUCGUGGAGCAAGGAUCGAGGAGUUCCACGAUCGAUUCGCGCGCGGCUCGACGAGGGAUGAAACGGCGGUAGAAUUUCGAAGGAAACUUCUCUCUCGGGUGACGAUAGGCUACGGAGGAUUAGGUGUUUUAAUUUGAACGACGCUGUAAAUAUAAUUCGUGAAAGGGGAGAAAGAAAGCGGAGUCUCGUGUUGUCCUGUAAUUAACUUUGUAAUUUAAUUGUAAACGAUCUAAUAUAGAGCGAAGACGAACGAAGAAAAAAAAAAUAAGUAAAAUGGAAAAAAGAAAACAAAAAGCAGAGGAAACAAAAGAGACAGAGAGGAUAUAUAUAUAUUAUAUUAUAAAUACAAAUUAAAAAAAAAGGAAUAUAUUAUAUAUAUAUAUAUAUAUAUAUAUACAUACAUAAAAAUACAGAUAUAUUCUCUACAGAUAAACGUACACACACGGAUACAUACACGCACACAUGAACGUAAGUAAGUAAGUCGAAAUGAGAAGGACAGGUGGAUAUACUUGAUUAAUACUUGUACACAUAUACUCAAACAAACACGAAGCACCCUCGCGUCGCGCAAUAAAACAAAUUCUAAAUCGACUUUCAAACUAGAAUGCGUGCCUGAGUGCGUGGGAGACCAACCCUCGUGAGCCACCGAGCCACCCUUCUCCUAAAAGAAACUUUAAUUCGGAUUUAAAAUUUUAGCUAAUUUUAGACAAAGGGAAGGGGAUAUAUAUACUCGGUGCUCGGGUCGCUGAAAAUAAAAUUCUUUAAUCGGUGGUUGCUCGAUCGUUUUAGCUUCAAUUUAUAGAUAUAAAACGAAUUCACCGGUUGAAAAUAGAAGAAGCGUUCGGAAAUUUCGAUUUCUUCUCUCCUGAAAUAGAGAAGAAGAAAAAAGAGAAAAAAGAAAAAAGAAAAAGUUCGUUUCGAUAGCGUUCGUUGUUAAAAAUAUAAUAAAAGGAAGAUUUCGAUAUAAACUUUUUAAAGAAAUUUCAAUGACGCGAUUCUUUUUAAAUACCUUUGAAUAAAAAGAGGACGGUUCAAUUUAUUUUUAAAAAAAUAAUUUUUUCCUUCCUUCAAUUUGAAGGUUGAUCGAUACACUUCGCUUUUUUUUUUUUUUUUCCUUCCCUAAGAAAUCAAUGGGAACGGAAUGUUUUUCUCUCCUCUUUUUCUCGAUGACCGGACCGGUCGAUCGCGUUAAAUAAAUAAAAAUGCGGUGUCGUCGAAGUGGCGAAAAAAAGGGGAAAAGGAAAAAAAUUACGCGACGUUGGAAGGUUAUUAAUACAGAAUGCUGUGCCAUCGGAGAAGGCGCGGCUCGGUGGCUUACGGGUAGAAAAAAAGACGUAAACGUGAAUCUAAGUAAAUAAAAAAAAAAAAAGAAAAAAAAGAAAAAAAAAGAAGAAAAAAAAAGGAAGAUUAUUAUAUUAUAUGAUCGUAGAGAUAAUCGAGAAUAAUGUGUCAGGUUCUUUGUCGUCCAAAGAGUUGCAGUUGUAUCGGCGAGUUCGCGUAUUAAAAGCGAGUGAAAAUUUAUUAUGAACUAUAGAGGAAGGGGAGGGAGGGGGAAGAGGAGGAGGAGGAGGAGAAGGAAGAAGGGAGAAAGAGAAUAAAAAAGGAAAAUAGGAUUAAAGAUACGAUGAAAUCGAACGUAACAAAACGAUGGCGGUUCAUGCUUAAUCCGAAUUUAUGGAUGAUACCUCUCUCUCUUUCUCUCUCUCGCUCUCUCUCCUUCUCUCUCUCUCUCCCUCUCUCUCCCCCCUCUCUACCUCCCAAUUAUAAAGACCCUUGUUACGUUAUCGUACGUUUUUUUUCUUUUUAUUCCUUCCUUAUCUCGGAAAAAUUCUGAUAAAUUGAAAAGAAAAGCAAAAGAAAGGAGAAAAGAGAAAACAAGACAAGAGAAAACAAGACGUUUAACGAAACGUUCUCGAGUUCCCAUUUUGCGUUUCUUGUUGAGAAAAAUGGCUGUUCGGGUUAAGCAUCGACGCCAUAUUGCCUUUACGAGCACUGGAAUUGCUCUGAAAGCCGAAUAAAAAAAAAAAAGGAAAGAAAAGAAAAGAAAGAAAAGAAGGGAUAAAAAAAGAGGGAAGAAAAAGGAGACAAAAGCGUGGAAGGAUAAAAGCGAGCGAGUAUAAAUCGAUGGAAACUUAGUAGCGGCGUGAGUUACUUGGAGAUUAAUUUACCAGAAACUGAUUAAUCUCUGGCCGAGUUGGCGAGUUGUUGUCACGCCUCCGUUUCCGGUUCGCGACAGGAUUCUAGAGGAGGAUUGCGACGCGAAUAAUUUUUCUGCUCGAUCUUCGAUUUCGAUUUACGGAUCGUCGGGAGUCACCGGUUCGUCGAUUCCCUCCUCGUAGAUUUCCGGCCGCGUUGAACCGGAAAUCGCGUCGGUGCAGAACGAUUCACCGAGUUAAUCGAUCGGUUCUCGAGGCCUGAUAUAGCGAACAAAUUUUCGAGGAAUAAAGGAAAAAGAUGAGACCGGUGACUCUCGAAAUGUGAGUGUGUGUAUGCAUGUAUUUGUAUGUGCGUGCGUGCGUGCGUGCGUGUGUGCGUGUGCACCGAGGAGAAACUCUUUGACACUCUUUGCUCUCGUUAAAGAAACGACGAUAUUCCAAGGUCUUUAGUUGGAAAUAAUAAAAAAAGAAAAAAAACGGGAGAAGAGAGAAAAAGAGAUUUCGUAUCUCGCGAAUAUUUCUUUUUCUUUUUCCUUUUUUUUUCUUUAUUCCUUCUUUUCCCCCCUCAUUUUUCUUUUUGGUGCACGAGAAAUACGAGAAGAUCGAGGGAACACGCGAGAUCGAGAAGAAGCGAGGAUUAUGAAUAACGAGUCUUUCAAUUCACUACCGUACUGCCAAUUUUUCCGAUGCGACGCGUAAAUAACUUUAAUAAAAGAGUUUAAGGCGAGGCGAACAGCCGCGACGAGCGAUACGAUUCGCGUCCAAACACGCUCGUCCGACCUUCGUUCGUUUUCUUUCGUCGCUCCGAAGUCCUGACGGAGGACUGUUCCGCGUUGUAUCAUCAGGAGGGAUGAUGUGCCACGGAGGGUUCCACUUUUCGUUCGGUGAAACGAAGAAUUUUCUAUUGUUAUCAUCAUUUUUUUUCCCCCCCUUAUUAUUUUCUUUUUUCCAACAAUCGAGGAUUUUGCAGCGAGAGAGAAAAAAUUUUUGACUGAUCAUUAUUAUUGACGUACGAUAUUUUCCUGUUUCCUAAAAGAAAUUUAUAUCGCCUCGUGUAAAAUAACGGAACGAUUUAUACGUUGGGGGUAAAAGAGAACCUGGAUCUGUUCUCUUGCAGGAAACAUUUCUAAUAAUAAUAAUAAUAAUAAUAAAUGAGUAGAAUUAUGUAUUUUAUUGUUGAUAGAGAUAAUUUUUGUGAUACUUUGGAGGGAAAAUUACAAUAACGAUUUAUUAGCCAUUGGUAUGGAGAAGAGAAGAAACGUUUCCAAUUGAUAUUUUAUCUAAUAUAUCGAAGCGAAUAAUAAUUCCACAACUGUCUAUAAAUGAAUCCGUUCCCCCAAUUUUUCACUGCAAAGAUCCUCGAUUCAUCCGCAUUUGAUAAAUUGCCGGAAUAAAAUGUCCGAAAAAUUGGGAUGGGGAUCGAUUAUUCUAUUCAAAUGGAACAAGGAAUGGGAAAGAGCUGCUUUCACUUCGCAUAAUCGUUGGAAAAACCAACCACGAUUUCCCUCCUUUGCCCCCUUCAACGGGUCAAUGGAAGGAGAGAAAGGUAGUCAAUGAACCAGUCACGGCGCGAGCUGAAAUUUUCGAUCGAACGAACCGUUUCCGCUUUGUUUGUUUCGCGCCGAAAAGCGUCACCCUCCGCGUCGCCCGAUCCCUCGUCCGACCCUCUUGCUUUUUGCAUCGUGAACGGGGAGAGGGGAGGGGGAGAGAAAAAAAAGCGAUCCUUUUGUAAUCAGGACACCGUCCACAGGACCUGCGAGCGUAGCAGGAUCGACCAUUGUUCUUGGCACGCUCGAUUCGUGAUUGCGAUUCGACACCGGGAGAUCGAGCUUGCGUUCGAGAUUCUACAGGCCGCCAAUUAACCGCCAUCUUGUCUUUUCUUCCGCGAAAUUUCCGCGGUGGAUCCUCCGCGAUGAUGGAAGCGUUGAGAAACCGGAAAUGAUGGAAAAUGCGAAUUGGUGAACGUGAGCCGAGUUGAGAAUCGAAGAAUCGAUCUCUUGCCUUAAAAACGAUAAUACAUAAUACCGGGAUGUAAUAAUGGAUUAUUGAUGCGAAGAGAAAGAAAUUGUUUAUAAAGAAAGUUGCUUAUCGAGUAAAUUUUAUUGCUGAUAGAUAUUUUAUCUCGCAGAAUUAUCAGUGAUUUAUUUAAUUUAUCUUUUUAUCAUUUUUUAUUCUCGACUCGAAUUAAUAAAUUUGGGACAGUGUUUCAACAGUGUGAUAUGUUCUUUCGAGUUGUUGCUUCUGAUUUUUCGUCUCGAUACCUUCAUAAUUAAUAAAUAAUCCUAUAGAUUUCUUGAUGUAUCGUAAGUGUAUAUUCGCGAUUUUAAACUAUUCUAAACGCACACGUUUCUAGCCACGUGUGCCUCGAACGAACAAGCCAGCAGAUACCUGUAGUUUCUCAACGCUCGUGUAAGUCAGAAUCAAUCGCGUCUCCCGGUCGGUAACUAGACAGUUAUGUAAUCAAGCGACGAUUAUGUAAUCGAGCCACGAGAUAGAGGCGAGAUCAGACUUGUGGCGAUUCGAGGAUCGUCCAUAACGCGGGGAGCACGUAGUUCGUCGACCAUAUUCCCUCGUUAUUUAUGUAUAUUUUUCUUAAGAACGAUCGAAAAGGAGAUCGCUUCUCUUUUGAACCUUUCUUUUUUUUAAUCUCGUACGAAUUUUAAACAAUCGUUGAAUCUUUGAAACGAUGGAAUUUUUGAAUUUUCGCGCGCAACGGGCGUUGGUCGAAUCGCGACGAGAACAAAAAUGGCGGCAAGUUCGAAAGGAAAGCGAUCGCCUUGGCUGUAGCCCCGUGUAAAGAGAUAUCAAAGAAAGAAAAAAAGGGGGAAAUAAAUAAGAAUUACAAGGAUGAAACUCGAAAAGGGAGAAGAAGAAAUGUACGUAACUAUAUUGCGCGUAUGUCUAGUUUCCGAUGCAUUUUAGUUUGAUAAGCGAGGAAAAUUGUCUCUCCGGUCAGAGGCUCGGGGUUACGCACCGUGUUAUCGAUCAUACUUGGCAAUAACGAUAUUUUUAAUCGUACAACUGUAAAAAAAAAGAGAGAGAGAAGCAAAGGAGUGAAGAGAACGGAGAGAAAGAGAUGAUUAAAAAAAACAAAGGAGAGAAAAAAUCUAUAUAUAUAUAUAAAUAAAUAAAUAAAUAAAUAAAUGAAUAAAUAAAUAAAUAUACGUACGUAAUAAGUGGACGGAGAGGUGUAUGAAAGAAAAUUUGAGAAGGUAGAAAGGUUGGAAAGAAGAAUUAUCGACAGCGGUCAAGCGCCAGCACGUUGUAACAAGUACACCCGAUAGUUGUAACUAGAAAAGGGGUGAAGAUGUUUUAGCCGAUGGUGUUGUCCGUCUUCGGUAGCUUCCACGCCUUACUCUCAAAAGUGACGAAAAAAAAGAAGAAAAAAAAAAAAGAGAAAAAAAUAAAUUAAAAUUCAUUAUUUAA